CCCUGGGCCAAGCAUAUUCAAGCCAGUGCACUGUGCUAGAGCAGUGCAUGCACUUAAAUACUGAGCCAUGUCUCCAGUGCCCUCAAGUUACCUUCUUGGGGUACAGACAGCACCCUGAAUUUGGUAAUACCCAGGCCCAUCUGCCUGUCUUCAGUCUGUGACCAUUCUCAGUGAGGGGGUUGUAUGUCUGGGAUCCUGUGUGUACCCGUGUGCACACACGCCUUACCUGGGUUCUGAGUCUCUGAGUCUCUCUUGCAUUUCCAUCAGGAUUCCUGUGUGACUCCAGCUGUCAACCUCUGUCAGCCUCUUUUGCCCUUCAGUGCAGCUGCCCCCCCCCCAUAAAUGAGACAGAGAAACAACACAGGAAAAUGAUGGGGGUGAUCUUCACAGCCUUUCAAUACUCAGGGGACUCAGAAAGAAAGGACCUGGGUGUGGCCAUGGGGACCAUAAGGGUAAAGCUGGACCUCCCAAUCCGGCCCUGCUUCCCACACACCCUGUCCCCACCUAGGCUAUGAAGCCAGGACACCCAAGUUCCUCACAGGGGUUGGGGGCGGAGGCCUCCUUCAUCUAGGACGUCACCCCGUUAAACUUCCUCUCUCAGCCACACAGGAAACUGAGCAGAUCAGGGGCCCAGCUGCAAGCAAACACAGGCUCCCCCAGCCCCAGGAGCCCUAGGGGAAGGGCCCAGCUGGGCCAGCCGUGGAGACCAUGGGAUCCACUGAAAUAAGGCAUCCCUCUGCUGUGUUUGACUGGUUCUUCGAAGCUGGCCGCCCCAACUCCCUGGAGGAGGAUCCCCUGAUCCUGCGGCAGUUCCCUCCAGACUUCCAGGAACAGGAGGCCAUGCAGAUGGUGCCCAGGUUCUGUUUCCCCUUCGACAUAGAAAGGGAGCCGCCCAGCCCUGCUGUCCAGCACUUUACCUUUGCCCUCACUGACCUGGUGGGCAACCGUAGAUUUGGCUUCUGCCGCCUGCGAGCCGGUGCAUGGAGCUGCCUCUGUAUCCUCAGCCACCUUCCCUGGUUUGAAGUGUUCUACAAGAUUCUCAAUACUGUGGGGGACCUCCUAGCUCAGAACCAAGUCACUGAGGCUGAAGAACUCCUACAGAACUUGCAGCAACACCCCUGUCUUGGACCUGGUUUUUCAGGGGGACCAAAGACGGACAGCAGCAUCACCAGCUGGAGCGAGUGCGGGAUCUUGCCUCCUGCCCUGGGGAAUAGCAAGCUGCUUUCUUGUUUUGUGGCUCCAGAUGCUGCGGGCCUCCCAUCUAUUCCUGAGAAUAGGAACCUCACUGAGCUGGUGGUCGCUGUGACAGAUGAGAACAUCGUGGGGCUCUUCGCAGCGCUGCUAGCUGAGAGGAGGAUCUUGCUCACGGCCAGCAAGCUCAGCACUCUGACAGCCUGUGUUCACGCCUCCUGCGCUCUGCUCUACCCCAUGCGCUGGGAGCAUGUUUUGAUCCCCACGCUGCCCCCGCACCUGCUGGAUUACUGCUGUGCGCCGAUGCCCUACCUCAUAGGAGUCCACAGCAGUCUCGCUGAGAGAGUUCGGGAGAAAGCCCUGGAAGACGUUGUGGUGUUGAAUGCAGACUCUAACACCCUGGAGACGCCCUUUGACGAUGUGCAAGCUCUGCCGCCAGAUGUGGUAUCCCUGCUGAGACUUCGGCUAAGGAAGGUUGCACUGAGCCCCGGGGAAGGGGUGUCUCGUCUCUUCCUCAAAGCCCAGGCCCUGCUCUUUGGAGGAUACCGUGACGCCCUGGUCUGCAUCCCGGGUCAGCCAGUGACAUUCAGUGAGGAGGCUUUCUUGGCUCAGAAGCCUGGGGCGCCCCUGCAGGCCUUCCACAAAAAGGCCGUACACUUGCAGCUCUUCAAACAGUUCAUCGAAUCCCGACUGGAAAAACUCAAUGCUGGAGAAGGUUUCUCAGACCAAUUUGAGCAAGAGAUCAUUGCCUGCUGCGGAGCUUCCUCAGGCACCCUUCGGUCCUAUCAGCUCUGGGCAGAUAGCCUUAAGAAAGGUAGUGAUGCCCUCCUGCAUUCUGUGAAAGCUAAAACCCGACCAGCGGUCAGGAACAUGUACCGAUCGGAUGACUCCCUCCAGGAGCAUUGUGUCACCUAGGCAAAGAGUGGCUUGAAGGGAAUGCAGAACCUGCUUAUGACUAAGGAUGGAGACUCUUGCCUACAGAGGGGGGGCUCCCUGAGAACCCCAAGCCUCACCAGCCGCUCAGACCGACUGCAGCAGCGCCUGCCUAUCAGCCAGCACUUCGGACAGAACAGGCCCCUCCGCCCUAGCAGGAGACUCAAGCCGGAAGGGGGACCUUCUGAACCCCCGCAGGAGAGGAGCCCCACCUUGAACUCCAGGGACACUCAGAAUCCCUGGGCAGAGGACACUCUAGACGGCAGCUUCCUGGGCUCUGGAGAGGAGCUGGAUCUGCUGAGUGAGAUCCUAGACAGUCUGAGUGUGGAAAUCAAGAGUGGCGGCCAGCUGAGGGCCAGCCAGAGUCUGGACUGCUGUCAGCAAGGGGCCUCAGAGAGCUGUUCCAGCCUGCCUGACAUCCCAGUGGGGUCACCGUGGCAACUGGAAGAAGACAGAAGAUCCCAGGAUCCUCAGCUUCAGUCCCUGCCUGGUGACCUGUCACUGCUGCAGGACACCCCAUUUUCAGAGGUUGUAAGCUACUCAAAGAACUGUCCUCAGCCACCCUCAGAUAUCUCCUCUCUGCCUACAUCUUCAGCCACUUCAGCAGACCCUCCCAGCCAAAGGGACCCAGGGCCCUCUUCUUCCAGCAAGCUGGAUCCUACACCCUCACAAAGCCCUUGCUCCAGGACCCUCAGAGUCCCCACUCAGCCUACUCCCCUAAAAAGCCAACUUCUUGCCUCCACGGAGCCCAACUCUGAUGCUGUCCGGAAGUUACAACCCAUUCAGUCUCCCUUCUGCUCCCAAUCUAAAGAGAACCCCAGAAACCAGCCUCCCCAGGUUCUGCUGAGCCAGGCUUGUAUACAACCCCUCAAGGAGCUGGGAGCCCCCACUUCUUAUGUCUCUCAUGUAGGCAAGCAGCAAGAGCCCCAGGACAGGCAACCUCGAGUUGCUGAUCUGAAGAAGUGUUUUGAAAAUUAAAAGGGUGAGGGGUUCCCAAGUCUCAAUAAAGUUGAAUUUGGUUUCCUUGAUAAA